UCGAUUCGUUUCCUCGCUCCGCGAGCUCGACCUCUUCCCUCUUCCCUCUUCCCACCCGUCUCGCUUCGAUCCGUCUCCAUGGCUGCCGCAAUUGCUACGGCGGACCCUCGGGGUCGGCAUUCCCCGGGCCGUCGAGUCGACGACAAGAACCUAGUGUUCGACCAGAUGGGGAUCCGCGACGAACUUCUUCGGGGCAUCUACGCCUACGGGUUCGAGAAGCCAUCCGCGAUCCAGCAGCGGGCCGUGGUCCCCAUCAUCCAAGGCCGCUACGUCAUCGCCCAGGCACAGUCCGGUACCGGAAAGUCCUCGAUGAUCGCCCUCUACGUUUGCCAGAUAAUUGACACCACCUCCAGAGAGUAUGAUCGUUUCUCGCAUCGUUUUCAUAUCACAUAACGUUGAUUUCUUUUAGGUCGGUUUACAUGAUGGUGAUAUGAACGAUCUGUUUUGACUGUUACGUUUGUUAUUGGAGAGGAGUGUUGAUUGUGAUGGGUGUCGGAAACUCUAGCUAUUCGGAUGAACACAAAACAUAUACUAUACGAUAACUGAGACUAUAAUCAGAGUAUAAAUUGUGCGGAGUUCUACAAGUUAGAAUCCCUCUUGCCUCUUUUUUGCCCUUUAAUUCAAGUAGCAAUAAGCUAAAGGAUAUUUUCCAUCAGGGUGUAAUACAAAGAGACUACCAAGUUUGGCAUCCUAUGCACUGGUUAAACAAUAAAGUGCCCGGAGUUAAAGAAAUCAAUUGUUGUUCUGAUUGAUAUUCAACCCAGAAGAAUGCAAUUUAAAUUUUUGAAGUUAAAGAAUCACCAAAAACGAUGUGGCUUAUAGGCAUUCAUUUCAUUUUUGAAGACAUAUCAGGUUAAAUUGGAAUAGGAGCAAGUAAGUUAAAGUUACCAUGAUUUUAAUGUUUGAUUCUGUCAAAUAUGAACCAGUAAGAUAUGCAUGCUUUAGGCCAGACAGUCCUAUCCUUUUAAGGAAAUUUGUGAAUCCAAACACUUCUUGCUUAUUUUCUGUUGCUUUUGAACAUGGCAUGUUUUUUCCUUUUAUUUGUUGGGAUUUUUCAUUCUAUGACAAAUAAAAUGGACCCAAAACUUUUUAUAUCUUGACUAGCAUUGUCUCUUCAUCAUAUGGUUUGCUUGUUUGUCUUUGGAUGCAUGAGUCGGUUCUUUGUGAUGGUUAAGUCUGCUAAAACCUUCACGAUUUAUUCUUGUCCUUCCUAGUAGCUAAAGACAAGUAAUUUUCGCUGUUCUUUUUGGCGUAUCUCUUUUUUUUAAUCUUUUCGUUUGUUCCUUUCCUUAUUCUGAAACUCUUGUAGCCCCAGAGAGUUUUCCUGUCUGUUUUAGGAUUUAAAGUAAUUACCUCUUCAACGUUAAAAAAUGAUAACACUUAAACAUAUGCUAUAGUUUAUUUAAAUACCAAGUUUUUCCUAUCUUAUUCUAGUAUUUCAUUUGCUUCUCUGUUUGUUCAUCUGUACUCCGAGUGUCUUAAGUCUUACAAGAUCUUGGGUAUUCAUAAUUUACCUGUUUGUUACCUCCACCUUGUACACCUCAUGUUGGCUAGUGAAACAUUUCAUAUGAUAUGUGGACGUGGCGAAACCCAGCUUUCAAUUGUUUUUAAUUAGUUAUUCUUAGAAGUACUCUUUAACUUUCGUAUAGUGCAGGCACUUAUUCUCUCCCCCAUUAGAGAGCUUGCUGCUCAGACUGAAAAAGUAAUACUAGCUGUGGGAUAUUGCAUAAAUGUGCAAGCACAUGCAUGUAUCGGUGAAAAGAGCAUAGGUGAGGAUAUUAGAAAACUAGAGCUUGGUGUUCAUGUGGUUUCAGGGACACCAGGUAGAUUCUGUGAUAUGAUCAAGGGCAGAGGAGCUUAUGCACAAAAGCCAUCAAACUUCUAGUCCUGGUGGGUUUAUGCAGAGAUAUACCGUUUUAGGCUAUGUUUUAAGAAACAUUAAGUUAAUUGGUGAUAUUGGCAAAGGAUGAAGAUCGAUGAAAUGCUGAGCAGAGGUUUUAAUGAUUAGAUAUAUGAAGUGUACGUAUACCUUCCUCCUGAACUUCAGGUAUGACCCAACACCGAACGUUGUCUCACUCUUGCAGUAAUUUUGUUGGUUUUGUUCAGCUGUUUGCUGGUUGCAACCUAGGUGCAAGGCUAGGUCUAUAUGUUUGCUAUCUCUGAAGCACAGAAUAUAAUGUCUAGCACAUCAGGACAAAGGACAAGAAGUCGGGUGAUGCACGUUUGUAACUGUGUAUCUUUUUUAUUGUCCUUUCUUUUCCUCCAUCUAUUUUGUUGGAUGUCCUUUGCUUCCUGUUGAUGUGAAAUACACUUAGUUCCUACAUGGACUAAGUUGCACAAACUGAAAAUCACCAUUUAAGAUUUCAUAAGUUUAUUUUCUUCCACUUCUUUCCAUGUCCUACCCUUUCUGAGUUAUGUUUGUUUUCACCCAUUAUGUAAGGUGGCAAUUUUUUCGUCCCUCCUGUUUCGACGAUUUUGAUACAUUACCAACAACUUCGCAGUUGAUGCUGAGAGGCCAAUUCUCAUAGCUCUCUUCAAUGUGAUAAGCCUAUUAUUCAAGUCUUGCACAAGAUUGAUGUAUUAGACAUUUAUACUUCUUGACAUCUCAGAGAUACAUGUUCAUUAUCUAUCCUGAAGUUUGUAAAAUUAACGUUUAUUUUCUCAUUUCCAUGUAUGCUUAAUCACUUAAACAGUUAAAUCUAGAAUUUUUGAACAAAUUAGUCUACAUCGGGUAGAUGAAUGAUUGAAUUUCUUUUCAAAUUCAUUUGUCUUUGUUUUUGCAUUUUAGAUAGGAAAAAAAAUAUUUUUAUUUGUGAACAACUAGGUAUCGUUUCUAUUGAGGAUAAGAUGAGAGAAAAUCGUUUAAGAUUAUAUGAGCAUGUGCUUAGGAGACCUCCAAAUGCGAUAGCCAGAAAAGAUGAAAUGAUUUAUGUUAGUGGUACGAAGAGGGGUAGAGGAAGGCUUUAAAAGACCUUAAUAGAAACUAUAAAUAAAGAUUUAAGUACUCUAAACUUAAAUAAGCAUAUGACUUUUUACAUAUCCCAAUGGCUGCAAAGGAUCCAUGUAGCUGACCUCAAAUAGUUGGGACCUAUGAUUUUAUUGUUGUUGUUAUGCUUUAUUUUUGCCUGGAUUUUUUUUGGUCAAUCAAAUAGUGUUUGUUCAUGAUUUUACCCGUGUCAAUUUUUUCUGAUACCUUGUUCUUUGGUAUAGAGUAUUGUGUCUACUACCCAUUUUUGUUCUCUUUAUCUCUCUUAUUAUUCUGUUCUCUAUAUUUGACCUUUUUUAACAUGUCUGCAUUUUGUUGCUUGUUGCACUCAUGUGCUGUAUCUUCUUUCAAGGUUGUCGUGUCAAUCAUUUAGGCACUUGAUUUACCCCCUCCUUCCCUUUCCUCAAUCUCUUCUUCCAGUAUCUUAUUUGCUUCAGUUACCAUGUAAGUAGAAUUUUCCAGUUUGCUUGUCUCCUUUUUUUGUCAUUUCUCUUAUGAAACUAGAGCCUAUUUGUCACUUUCCUAAGCUGCUGCAUGUUGGUAAUUGGAUCAUGGUCAUCGUUUGCCAACUAGAAAACUUGUCAUUUAAUGAAAUAUUUUGAUUUCUUCUCCAACAUUAUUGCACAGCAAUUCUUCUAUAUAAUUCCUUAGCGCCUUGUUUCUCCCUCCCUUCUGUUUUUGCUGCAUAUGUAGUUGUACUUUACUGUAUACAUUACCUAUUCAGAUGAGCUACCAACCUAAUUUACUGCAGGAUCUCCAGAAGGAGCAAGGAUCAUUUAGGAAUUUGGGUUGCGAUCUCCAUUCAUCUAACAACUCCACUACCUUGCUUUUCCCUCUUCAGCCCUACAGUUAUAGUCCUAUAUAAUAUUUGGACUCGGUUGUAUCUGGUUCCAAAGAAGCCCUUAGGUUCUGCACUGAUUAUGUUGAUAAAUAAAUGUAAUGUCUAACCUUGUGCUAGAUUGCAAUGUUUGCUGCUGCUGAUACUUCUGAAUUACUUCUCUAGGUUGUUUUGGUAUCUGCAACUUUUCCCAAAGAAAUUCUGGAGAUGACCAACAAGUUCAUGGCCGACCCCAUAAGAGUCCUUGUAAAGCGUGAUGAACUGAUGUUGGAGGGCAUCAAUCAAUUCUUUGUUGCUGUCGAGCACGACAAAUGGAAAUUUGGCACGUUAUGUGACCUGCAUGACAAUCUUACCAUUACCCAAGCCGUUAUAUUUUGCAGCAAGAAAAGAAAGCUUGUGGCUAUAGACUUUGCACCAAAAUGAUGACCUCAGGAUACUAAGAGAAAUCAAACAAUAUUACAGUGUGCAGAUUGAUGAAAUGCCAAUGAAUAUAGCUUACCUUAUUUGAAACUAAUAUGACGAGGAUUGGUAGUUUAUCUCACAGAUAUGAAGGUACGUCCAGGUAACUAUCGUGAUUAUCGAUAUAACAUCAUUAAUCUUGUAAAUUAUUUGUGCUCGGAAGACCGUCAUGUUUGAAUAGAAGAAAAUUAUCGUCUCUCCUGACUCGAAAUAAGAAAAUUAGAAGACCGGCAUGUUUGAAUAGUGUUUGCCUAUAUUAUUAACUGACUGUUAGCAUAUAUUUCAUGGUGGAUCACAUAGAUGUCAACCCAAUGCUUGCGGUAUGCAUGACAUAAAUCCUUGACUGCAGUAGCAAUCGUCAUUUACUAAAAUGCAAUAAGUAUACAAUAUUAUGUAUCUCAUAGCAGUAUAAUAAUGUAGGACUCAUUUCAUCCAUAUCUGCUGCAUAAUGUCUUCUUCUAUAUAUCUGUGCCGGGAGCUUAAAACUAUUAUUGAUGGGUGAAUCCAUCAGUUUUAUUGCAACCACGUAGUGUCUUCCAAGUUGACCCAUCUAAAUGCUUUAUCUGUAAGUAGCAGAUAGGAAAUAGGUUGACUUAUUUUAUACAUCAGUAGCUUGGCAUCUUUGUUUCUUGUGUCUUCUCUUCGCUGGCAUUUGGACUUUGGAAUCACAAAAUCUUGCUGCACGUCGAGGUCGAGGUUGACCCCAGUAAACGAAAACAAACAAAACAACGGCGUCUUCCUGCUUGUGAAUGUCAACUCCCACCCUCAUAUCAUCGAGUUUGUCAACGAAUUCUUAGCUGUCUGUCUGUCUCUUGCCAUGCUGUGUGAUGGUGUCUAAGUAAUUCGGAUGACAUUGCAUUUGAUUUGCAAGUCGACUGCCCUCAGCUAUCCUCCACAUGCAAUGGUGGAGUGUGAGUCGGUGUUUCUACUUGACAUUAGUGAAUUCUUUUAGUAGGAUUUGGCAUUAUAAAGUGGUUGACCUGCGGUGAUUUAAUAGAAUUUUUACUAUUAAAUGGGGGUCAACAUAGUUCAGUAAUCCAAUAACGCAUCACAAAUAAUUUUGAUGUGAAUAUAAGUUCUAAGGUUAGCAUUAAAAAAGAGUCAAAGGCUCACCAAAUCUAUCUGUGACACAGUAAAGUCUAACCAAAUAAUUAACUAAAGCACAUGAAGUAAUAUGACCAAACUAUUCGAAAAAGAACAGUAACCCACCUCAGCUUGAUGCCAAUUGAUGGUGACAUUUUGGUCAAACUUGUAGAUAUGUACUUGCCGACCUAAGACGAUCAAACACCCCACGGUAUAAUUUUGGACCUCCUCCCCACCGGUUCAAUUACACCGGUUCAACCAACCCAUGAUUCGAGUCGAAGAAAUUAAAGACAUACCCAAACUUCACUCGGCUAAAACCCCGACGAACCGAACCGAGCCGAGCCGAAGCCGGUUCAGUUAGUGGGGCUGGCGAAGGGGAAGUACAUGAUGAGAUCUGCUGGUCUCAGACGAAUCUUUCCCCGUUUGCUCACUGUCCGAUCUCCUGAUGGGGCAAAAGAUCUCGCUGUCGCUGCGCUUCGAUACGCUUCCCGCAGACCAAUAUCUCCUCCCCCCAAUCCCGAUCCUUCCACAACCAUCAUCACCGAGGUUGGAUUCAGCAUCGGCAUGAUGAGCUCCUCCGACUCCAGCGAGAUCUCCCUCGGUACUGAUCCAAAGAUCUCGUCCCCCUCCUUCCCUCCCUCCCGUCGACGUGCAUGAUAUGGUAUCCGAUUAGAUAUCCCUGCCGAUCCUUUUCCUCUGGUUAGAUGAUGCCAGCGAGGGAUGAGUCAGUGGGUCAAUGCGUGGACUUCUUCUUCCACCCAUCGCAACCCCAACCCCUGUUCCGAAUCCGUAAAGAUUGUCUCUUUCGAUCGGGUACAGCGCUCCUUGGGAUUCUUAUAACGGGGAUUUGGUUGGGAUUUCCUGCUCUUUAUUCUCUGUCUUCGCUGCUGCUGCCUCUCCUCCGUAUAUAAGGCGGUUUGAGGAAGAGGGAGUCGCCUGCGGGUGGUUAGACUCCUCUGCGUCUGUAAUGUCGUCGUCGAGAGGAGGGAAUGGUUGCGGCGGAGAAGGAGAGCGCCAAAUCCAUGUCUUGGCCGUGGACGACAGCUCCGUCGACCGGGCGAUGAUCGCCAGGAUCCUCCGCAGCUCCAAGUACAGAGUGACGACGGUGGACAGCGGGAAGAAGGCACUGGAGCUGCUGGGACUGGAACCGGACGUGAACAUGAUCAUCACGGAUUACUGGAUGCCGGAGAUGACAGGGUACGAGCUUCUCAAAAGAGUAAAGGAAUCCUCGGAGCUGAGGGAGAUCCCUGUGGUGAUCAUGUCGUCCGAGAACGUCCCCAACAGGAUCAACAGGUGUUUGGCAGAAGGAGCUGAGGAUUUCCUGCUGAAGCCCGUUCGACCAUCCGAUGUGUCUCGGUUGUGCAGUCGAAUCUGAUAGCAUGCUAACGAUGGUCGUCGUCGGAGGAAGAAAAGGAGUCUUUGAAGCUCUUAAUUGGCUCGAUUAUUUUUUGUUCGAUGGAGAAUACAUAUACCUGUUUUGGAAUUCAUUUCUCUGGUAACAUGUUCUUAGAGAGCAUAAUAUGAGAACAGAAAUGUAGAGAGAGAGAGAGAGAGAGAUGCCGAUCUUGUCCUCACAUUUUGGCUGUGGCUUUCAGAAUGUUUGUGGUGGAAAUAGAAACUAGCAGCAUUUUCCACA